AUGAGUGAUCUCAAUAAUAUUUCUGGGGCAACUAUCGGUCGCGUUUAUUCAAAUGGUAGUUCUACUAUAUAUUGUUAUAGUGAAUAUGGCCCAACAUUUGGAAAUGGAAAUGGUUAUGAUUUGCAUUGCCCCAAUAGUAACAAUAAUUGGAGUUGUAGUCAAAAUAUUUACAAUAAUGUUAGUCUUCCAUCUUCAUUUACCGUAUCUGAUUGGGAGAACGAAGGAUCACAAAGGGGAAUAGAAGAAAAUACGGGAAAAGUCGAUAAAAACACAACCACAAUAACUGAAUUCCCAAAACGCAUAUUGGAACCUCAUGAAAUAGAAAAGACAUUUCGCAUAAUGGCAUUCCGUAAAUCAGAAAGACAAAUUAUUGGAAGAUAUCGUAAACGAUCAAUAUCUCGUGUAUUCUGGACAAUAAUGUUUAUGAUGGUAUUUUUAUCGUUGAUGGGUGCAGGUUUUUCUGGAAGGUUGGAAAAUGUUAGUAAUUGGAAAAGGUUAGUAAUUGCCACCAUAAUCCUCUUAAUAAUGAAUCGUGGAUCAUUAAUAAGUGAAAAUUCCUCUGGUUUUGCAACAACCUAUAAAAACCAAAUUAUCCUCGUUUCUUUUGGCUUUCUUGAGGCCCUAACUCUAAUAAUCUGGGCCAUCAUUCGAUUUGCCUAUCCACGUAUAAUAAGAGAUGCAUAUUGGUUAGACACGAUUUGGUGGUGGAGAAUACAAAAAGCAGACAUUAAAGACCUUGAAGGAGAGGUAGUAGGAUGUUUUCGGUAUUUUGCAUGGGAAAGUUAUAGUUUUUGUUUCAGGCAUGGGUAUAUUGUUUAUGUGGGGGAAGUGGAUUUGAAUGGGUUACCGCAUGGUCAUGGAGAGUGGAUUGAUGAUUCUUUCGAUGGAGAGUGCUUAAAAGGUAUUUGGGAACAUGGAGUACCAGUUGGUCCAUUUCAAUCAAGGAUUUCAGGAAUGGGAGAUGCAAUUCAUUCGGUUCGUGUAGGUUUUGUCAAAAAAAUGAAUACCCCUUGGGAUGAAUGGAGAAUUUUUCCAAGACCUUAUGAAAAAAGACUAGAUAUGGGUGUGGCAUCUGUGGAGUGUUCUGUUUCUGGGAAAUACUUGAAAUAUCUUCCUCGUUCAAGUUUGGUAAUUUCACAGAUACCACUUCGUAAUCCUUCUAGUAAUAAUGACCUUGCAGAAAACUCUUCACGAGAGAAUACAUCAAAUAAUUUUUUUUUAAAUAAUUCGCUUAAACAUUGUCUUAAAAACUUAAUAACAUUUUCAAGAGUUAUGGAAAAUAAUUUAGGGAUGAAUGAACAAACUUCGAUAACUAUACGAUUUGAAGAUGAUGAAUUUAGAAUAACAGGAUAUUAUCCAAUUAAUGGAACCACUUCUAAAGAUGAAGUAGUUGUGAAAAAAGUGCCGCAAAGAAAGUAUUCACAACCGAGUGAAUAUGUAUUAGAAAUUGAAGGAUGGCAACCAUUGGGUGGUACUUUAUCAACAAGUUCUUCAAUGAAUUGUGAAGAAGUUUGUAAAGGAUCUCAGGAAUGUAUAAUAUUUAUACAUGGAUUCAACUGUCCAACGAAAUUCGCAAUUGAAACUUUUGGACAAUUUCUCGCCCUUGCUUAUUUACCAGAUUAUAUAAAACCAUUUGUGUUUUCACCACCCGGUUCAAAUUCAUUCCAUUAUUGUGGCGUUAAAAGUCAAGGAUGUAGUGAAGAAUCCAUUAAUGAUUUUCGAAGUUUUUUACAAAAUCUUCGAGAUACGGGAUUUUGUGCAGUACAUAUAAUAAGUCAUUCAAUGGGGUGUAUGAUCGCACUUAAUUACGUCAAAGCUUUUGAAGGAAUAAUCGCAACUAUCGAUAAUUCAAAACGUGAUCUUAAACCUGAAAAUUUUUACCAAUCCACCGAUUCUUCUUUUCCAUCAUCAUCAAAACAACGUAGAAAUGAAAAACAAAAUUCAUCAUUCAUAACUGAAAUGAAGCUUUCAUCUGUAAACCUAUUGAAUCCUGACACCCCUUUUGACUCUUUUAUAAAUCAUGAUUAUUCAGCACUCUCUAAAUAUUGUGAUCACAUAACAAUCUACUCAAAUUCCCAAGAUUUCGCAUUGAAAGUUGGUGAAUUCAUAAGUAAAGCCAAAACAUUGGGCCGGCAAAUUAAUGAUAUAUAUUAUAAAGGAAAAUUAAUGAAUAUUGAUUUAAUUGACACCACUCAAUUAGAUGUUAAUAUACAUAAAAUACGCCAUAACUUUUUUAAUUUGAAUCGAUUAUUGGUAGAUGAUUUAUGUGAUAUUAUUAUUAUUGGAAAGCGUGCAAGAGAGCGUAAGUCGAGAUUAAGUAGGAAAGUGAGAGGAGUUGGUCCUGAAGGAGUGGUUUAUACUUUUCUGGUUGCACCAAUUUAUAAAUGGAAAGUCAAUCCGGAAAAACUCCAAAAAUAUGCUAAAAGGAGUUCAAAACCUUCAUACCAAACGUAUUUUUGUUCAGCGUAUACGUCUAAAGGGUAUGUGAUAAUGGCGUCAACAUUUUACGCGGAUGUAGCUGAAGAUUUUAAACAACUUUUUGAAACUAUGGAGGAUCCUGUUGGGAUGCUUUCCAUUAGUACUCAUCAUGAAGGCCUCGAAAGUCUUAAAGAGUUUUGUUUAGAAACAAUCGGCUCUGAUCCAGAUAUUUU